AUGGAAGGAGGCGCCAUGGGCGAGUUCGCCAAUCGGCUUAAACAGGAGUUCGAGGACCAAGACUCCAACGCCAGCGACGGUGACGAGUGUCAAGACUGGUUCGUGAAUGACUCACCCAAGCGUGAAGUUGCGCUCCGUAUGGACGACGAGUCUUCUCCUAAGCCUGACAGCACGAGAGACGCCACGAUUCCUCCAAGAACGACUCGAUCUGUUAGCAGUCCGUCCAAGCCAUCAGCCAAAACUUCCGACACGAAAACAAUUGACGAGGAACACGAAGAUUGUGACGCAUGCAGUGGUCCGAUGGCAUUUUUGCACCACACACCAUCAACAUUCUCGAUUCUAGUCAUGGAAUUCGGUACGGGCGUUGAGGUUCCUCGCUACGGGACGAAGUUUUUCCGGAUCUACAUCCCGCAAGUUCACACCAAUCAGACGGACUUUUGUCUUUUUGCAAGGAAGCGACUCGGCAAGUACAAGUAUCGAUUCAGUUUGGACGAGAAAUUUACGACAAACUGGACGGACAAUAUGUACGAUGGGAGAGUUCUCAUGACGCCGUCUGCAGACACGAAGCGCUUUCGACUCCUGGCCGCGAAGUCAGCGGGUCGAGUUCAUUUUGACAUCAAACAAGAGGCGAGAAAGCAGGAGCUGAGUGUCCGAUUAAACUCCUCGUCCACUCGGUUCAAAUUCUUCCGAGCGCGUUCCACUUCUCUCGAUAGCAAGAGUGAAGUUUACCGCUCUAACAUUCAGAAAUUCAUUAAUCCGAUGGCGGAUGUUCGAUGCUCGAAAACCAACUACACGUUGUUUAAGAUGGAGAAAGAGGGCGAAGUGGGCAGCCAGAAGUACGUCAUCUCCUACAUGCGACCAUUCUCACUUUUCCUCAGCUGCUGUAUCGCUGUAGGCGUCGAAGCACACGUGCUAGAGUAA